UUGGGAGUGUUUCGGGAAGAGAGGGAAGAAGGGAGAGAUCUGAGAGCUGCCACAUGGCAGUUUAAGAGAAACAACAUUUCUAGAUCAAAGGUUAGGAUUAAAAGAGAAUAAGGGACUAAAGUGAUAGAAAACAAAUAUGUUCUAGGGGAAAAAUAGAAAUAGAAUGGAAAUAUGGGGGUGUGGGGUUUAACACUUAAAAUCGUAUCUAUUUACAUUUUUCAUGUGACUAUUUCAUCUUCGGUUAAAUUGAUGAUAUAGAAUUUGUUCAUAGGUUCUGCGAAUAAACCAUUUUUGCAACAAAUUAACUAAUUCUGCUUGUUGUUCAAGAAUAUAAAACAGCGAUUAAGGAAAAACCGAAAUUUUAUGAUAUCACUUUUAAUGUGUGUGAUGCGAGUGUCACUUCCGAUUACAUAAUUAGGUCCUAUAAUGCUCCAACAUCACUUUAACAUAUCAAAAGAUUAUACAAACGUAGAAGAAAAUUGCUAUGAUUUAACAAAUAUUAUGGUGCUUUGAGAGAAAAUUGAUACACCGUGACAAACACGUGACACUUUGUACUCCACGAACAUGUACCCCUUUCGGUAUCACGUGACAAGCACGUGACAUUUUGAAAAUAAGAAGCGAAAAACUACGCUCUCUCUAGAUCUGCGCCCGUCUCUUCACACGCACGGCGAAUCCAAGCCGAUGAAACAGAAAGAUUCAAACUUUACCGAACCCUGAUCGAAUCUCCGCCAUGGAUUUCGUGGAACUGGAGGCGAUCGAGGGCCUCCGAUGGUCCUGGAAUUCAUGGCCGCCGUCAAAAUCCGAGUGCGCCGCCCUCGUUAUCCCUCUCAGCGUCAUGUGCACGCCGUUGAUGCAACAAGCCGAGCUGCCGAUACUCCCCUACGACCCCGUCACUUGCCUCCGAUGCCGCGCCGUUUUGAACCCCUACGCCCGCGUCGAGUACCCUUCUCGCAUCUGGUUCUGCUCCUUCUGCCACCACAAGAACUCCUUCCCUCACUCUUACUCCAACAUCGGCGAGACCAACCUCCCCGCCGAGCUUUUUCCGACUUACAGCGCCGUCGAGUACGCCAAAACCGCCCAUGGAAUUCCCAAUUCUGGCUCAAAUUCCCAGAAUUGGGCAAAUGGGUUGUCGUCAUCGUCGUCCCUGUCGUCUAUGGUGUCGUCGGCGGCAGCGUCAUCGGUGUCGAAUGGGGAUUCGAGAGGGGUGAAGCCGGCGUUUGUGUUCGUUGUGGAUGCUUGCACGCCUGGGGACGAGCUUGGGGCACUUAAAAAUGAGCUCUUGCUUGUUGUGGAGAAGCUUCCGGAGACUGCUUUGGUGGGUCUGAUCACGUUUGAUUCGAUGGUUCGUGUUCAUGAUCUCGGGUUUUCGGAGUGCUCGAGAGCCGUGGUGCUUCACGGCGAACGGGAGCUGUCGUCGCUUCAGACCCAACAAUUUCUAGGCAUUAGGCGACCAAUGCAUCAGCAACUCGGAAAGAUAUCAGUUAAUCAAAAGCAGGGCUUUUUGCUACCUGUUUCUGAAUGUGAGUUCAACAUCACAACUGCAAUUGAAGAGAUCCGUUGUUCAGUUCAAGUCAAGCCUGGUCAUCGUCCGCAAAGGUGUACAGGAGCAGCAAUAUCAGCUGCACUUGGACUUCUGGAAGGAUGUUCAGGGAGCACGGGUUCCAGGAUCAUGGUCUUCACAUCUGGACCAGCAACUUUGGGCCCAGGAAUAAUCGUUGAUUCCAAUCUUAGCAAGUCCAUCAGAAAUCACCGAGACCUCAUCAAUGGUCAUGCCCCUUACUAUAGUAGAUCUUGCAGCUUUUAUAGGCAAGUGUCGCAGAGGUUAACUGAUGCAUCUAUUGUUCUCGAUUUGUUUGCUUGUUCUCUUGAUCAAUCUGGAGUUGCAGAGCUGAAGGUCCCUGUUGAGAAGUCAGGUGGUUUCAUGAUGCUAGGUGAGUCAUUUGCGUCAAAUCAAUUCAGAAAAUGUUUAAGCCACAUUUUUACUCGUGAUAAAGAAGGAUAUUUGAAGAUGUAUUUUGAUGCAACCAUUGAGAUAGUAACCACUAGAGAUAUUAAAAUCUCUGGAGCCCUAGGUCCUUGUGUAUCUCUUCGGGAAGUCAACGAUUUAGUGAGUAGCAGUGAGAUUGGGGAGGGCGGUACCUAUAUGUGGAAGUUGGGUACAAUCACUAAUAAAACAUGCAUUGCUUUUUUCUUCCAAGUGAGUGACGAGCAGAAAGUUCAACCUGGGUCGGCAUUCUUGAUACAGUUCAUAAUACGAUACCGUCAUGGGAACAUGGGGAUCCGGAAAAGGGUAACAACUGCAGCAAGAAGAUGGGUUGGGGGCCGUUCACCAGAAAUUGCUGCUGGGUUUGAUCAAGAAGCAGCAGCUUCAGUGAUAGCCAGGCUUGCUAUUCACCGAGCUGAGACUUGUUUCGCUCGAGAUGUUAUCAGAUGGUUGGAUGACACAUUGAUCCGCUUUGCUUCCAAGUUUGGAGACUACGCGGAGGAAGAUCCAACUUCUUUCCGCCUGUCAUCCAACUUCUCCCUUUUCCCUCAGUUCAUGUAUUACUUGAGGAGGUCUCAGUUUAUUGAUGUCUUCAACAGUAGUCCAGAUGAGACUGCUUUCUUCCGGCUAAUGCUGAAUCGUGAGGGGGUGGUGGGUUCCCUUAUCAUGAUCCAGCCCACGCUUUUCCAAUACUCCUUUGAUGGUCCACCUGUUCCAGUCCUCCUAGAUGUUCGCUCCAUCUCUCCAGAUGUUAUCUUGCUCUUUGACUCAUACUUUCACGUGGUUAUUCAUUACGGGUCCAAAGUUUCUCAGUGGAGGAAGCUUGGGUAUGACAAGGACCCAAACCAUGAGAAUUUGAGGAAGCUGUUGGAAGCCCCUUUAAUUGAUGCAGAGCAGUUGAUGGCUGACCGAGUUCCUGCACCAAAGUUUAUUAAAUGUGACCAGCAUGGCAGCCAAGCGAGGUUUCUUCUUGCAAAGUUGAAUCCAUCUGUUACCCAGAAUUCAACACACACUGACGGUUCAGAUAUUAUUUUCACCGAUGAUCUGAGCUUGCAGGUAUUUUUAGAUCACUUGCAGGUCCUUGCAGUGCAAGGCUGAUGAAGAGGAGCACUUUAUAUAGAUUUUCGAUUUUCUCGUCAUACAAAGGUAUUUUUGUGUAUAGUUUUGAAGAGAAAAAGGUGUCUAGUUGUAUUAACCCACUGUGCUUUUGAUAACAUGUCAUUUUAUUUUCUAAGUAUCUGUUAUCAUUA